AUGGCCGAACUUGAUGAAUCUUCCACUUUGGAACUCAUCACGCAGUAUCUCUUAGAAGACUCUAUCAACCUCGCUCAACUCCAACCGGUGAAAACAGAGAACCUGUUUCUUGAUCCAGGACCAGACUCGCCAGAUUCAGAUCAUCCCACCUGGCAAGACCUGGAGACACCAAAUCUUGAGAUUAAAGCCGAGCCCAUCACCUUGGAAUCUCCAGAGUCGGAGUUGGGGUCGCCGGAGAAGAAUCAGGACGAGGCUGGCUCCGCGGCCAAGGCAAGUUACAGAGGGGUUCGGCGAAGACCAUGGGGAAAAUAUGCUGCGGAGAUACGGGACCCGACACGUAAAGGGAGCCGGGUCUGGUUAGGGACCUACGACACGGACGUAGAUGCUGCCAAGGCUUACGAUUGCGCCGCUUUCAAGAUGAGAGGCCGGAAAGCCAUACUGAAUUUCCCUCUGGAGGCAGGAAAGUCGGCCCCACCGCCGAAUCCGGGGCGCAAGAGGAGGAGGGUGGCGGUGAAGAAAGAGGAGUCAAAAGAGAAUGUAGAAGAUUGGCCGAUUGAGAUGCUGGCGCAGGCGGAGAGGGGUGAAGAUGAGUGGACACAGUGUUGA